AUGGCUCCUACUCAACACCGCUACGUCAGUGAUUUGCUCACCAAGCCAGAACAGACGAGCGUAGGAUACAACAGGCUCGGAACAUCGGGCCUCAAGGUUUCCAAGGUCAUCCUUGGAGCCAUGACAUACGGGAAAAAAGAUUGGCAAGAGUGGGUCUUGGAGGAAGACGAAGCACUUCCGCUCCUCGAGCAUGCCUACAAGGUCGGAAUCAACACAUGGGACACGGCGGAUCUGUACUCAAACGGUGUCUCGGAAGAGAUCAUCGGCAAGGCCUUGUCGACGUACAAGAUCCCUCGCGAGUCUGUGGUCAUCAUGACCAAAUGCCGCUUCGCCACGAGCAUGCCGGGAGAGCCACAGCUUUCUGUCUUCGCAUCGACCGUCAAUGAUGGCCGAAUGGUCAACCGGGUUGGAUUGUCGCGCAAACACAUCCUGGACGCGGUGCAGGCGAGUGUCAAGAGGCUGGGCACCUAUAUUGACGUGAUACAGAUCCAGCGCAUGGAUCCGGAUGUUCCCCGGGAAGAAAUCAUGAAGGCUUUGAACGAUGUUGUCGACAUGGGAUUGGCGCGCUACAUUGGUGCCAGCUCGAUGCCUGCGUGGGAGUUUCAGGCGCUGCAGAACAUUGCCUUGAAACGCGGCUGGCACCGAUUCGUGUCGAUGCAGAAUUACUACAAUCUUCUUUACCGGGAGGAGGAGCGUGAAAUGAUGCCGUACUGCCGAGAUGCCGGCGUUGGCUGCAUCCCGUGGUCCCCCCUUGCGCGUGGCGUUCUGGCACGUCCCUGGAACGGCCUCGACGCCGAUUCAUCAAUACGAUCUCGGCAUGACAUGGCCAUUACCCGCCUCUACGACCGAGAAAGCGCGGCGGAUAAGGCUGUUGUUGAUGCAUUGGAAAAUGUGGCAAAAGGGAGACAGCUGCCCAUGGCUGUGAUUGCAGUAGCAUGGUGUCUCCACAAGGGGGUCAAUCCUAUCGUUGGGCUAAAUAGUCGGGAGCGCAUCGACGAGGUUGUGACUGCAGCCAACCUAGUGCUGACAGAAGCUGAAAUUGCUCAGCUCGAAUCAGCAUAUCAGCCAAAGGCCGUGAGAGGAUACUAA